AUGCUUCAGUCGCUGCAGUUGAUUGUGUGUUUGUCUUCGCCAUCCGACCUUGAAGUAUGGUGGACACAGAAAGUCAAAGGAAUGGAAGAGGCCCAGAAAGCCGGUAAUGCCCGAAGAUUGUUUCAGUUGAUCCGUGCGACCGGUCCCCGGAAAGCACCUGCGAGCGAAACCAUCAAGCAUCAGAAUGGAACGACCAUCGCGAACAAAGAAGAACGCCUCGACCGGUGGGCUGAAUACUUCGAACAACUGUCAUGGCCACCAGCCGGCACCCAUCUAGAGCCCACAGGUGAAGUAGAACCCUGGACGGUGAACGUGGAACCACCUACGGCCUCGGAGAAGCUGCGUUGGUUGGGACAUGUGUUACGUAUGCCGAACCAUCGUUUGCCGAAGAGAGUGCUGUUUCCCAUGCCCAACUCAGAGUGGCGUAAACAGAGAGGUGGCCAACCCAUGACCUGGCGGAGGAGUAUGAAAGAGAUCACGAAAGGCUUGGAUGCUGUCGGUGCUACUCGCCUUUCAGGAUGGGAACCGCAUGAUCCUCACUGUGCCUGGUUGGAGACACUACAAGAUAUGGCUGCCAACCGAUGUCAGUGGCGUUCUUGUUGUCAGUUUCUAUCCAGAUUGCCUGAGAUUCAACUAUUUGACGAAGCUCAGAUUGUCACACCUGGAUUAAAGCGAAAGUUGGAUAGAAAAGCUAAGAAGAGACUAGAAAAACUUGAAAGACAAGGCAUAUUCCUCGGACGAGACCCAACCAAGUUGCUACAGAAAGCAGAAAGGCUCCAGAAGGUCAGUGAAAAUGCUGCUCCCACUGCUGAGCAGGAAAUCCGAAAGAAAUGGAAGAUCGCAAUGCUGCGCGCACAAGGAGUGAAGGUGAAAGACGACAUGACGUUGCUAAAAAAGGCUUCCAAUAAAGUACGCAAGAUGAAACGGAAACGUUUCGAAAAGUGGCAACAGCGGCAUCAGCAAGUGGCUCAAAUGAAACAAGAGCGACAAGCGAAAAGGCAAGCCAACAUUCAGGCUCGAAAGGAGAAACGAUUGUCGAAGAAGUUGCGCAAAGCACGGGCGAAAGGACGCAUAUUCAACCUGGAUCAAAACUAG